CAGGCUCUCAGGAUAACUCCCAGUGUCUGGCCUGAUGCUUGCCUGGCGAUCUCUGCCUUGAAUGCCAAGGUUUAAGCAGAAUUCAGAGGACUGAGAACUCUUCCCUGAGAUUUGAUCAACCUGAAGCCAGUUGCAGAACUGCACAGGGUCCCGAUGGACCUCAAGGAGAGCCCCAGUGAGGGCAGCCUGCAACCUUCCAGUAUCCAGAUCUUCGCCAAUACCUCCACUCUCCAUGGCAUCCGCCACAUCUUCGUGUAUGGGCCGCUGACCAUCCGGCGUGUGCUUUGGGCAGUGGCCUUCGUCGGAUCCCUGGGCCUGCUGCUGGUGGAGAGCUCGGAGAGGGUGUCCUACUAUUUCUCUUAUCAGCAUGUUACCAAGGUGGAUGAAGUGGUGGCCCAGAGCCUGGUCUUCCCAGCUGUGACCCUCUGCAACCUCAAUGGCUUCCGGUUCUCCAGGCUUACCACCAACGACUUGUACCACGCUGGGGAGUUGCUGGCCCUGCUGGAUGUCAACCUACAGAUUCCCGACCCGCAUCUGGCAGACCCCACGGUGCUGGAGGCCCUCCGACAGAAGGCCAACUUCAAACACUACAAACCGAAGCAGUUCAGCAUGCUGGAGUUCCUGCACCGGGUAGGCCAUGACCUGAAGGAUAUGAUGCUCUACUGCAAGUUCAAGGGGCAGGAGUGUGGGCAUCAAGACUUCACCACAGUGUUUACAAAAUACGGGAAGUGUUACAUGUUUAACUCAGGCGAGGAUGGCAAGCCGCUGCUCACCACGGUCAAGGGGGGGACGGGCAACGGGCUGGAGAUCAUGCUGGACAUUCAGCAAGAUGAGUACCUGCCCAUCUGGGGAGAGACAGAGGAAACAACGUUUGAAGCAGGAGUGAAGGUUCAGAUCCACAGUCAGUCUGAGCCGCCUUUCAUCCAAGAGCUGGGCUUUGGGGUGGCUCCGGGGUUCCAGACCUUCGUGGCCACACAAGAGCAGAGGCUCACAUAUCUGCCCCCACCAUGGGGGGAGUGCCGGUCCUCAGAGAUGGGACUCGACUUCUUUCCUGUUUACAGCAUCACAGCCUGUCGGAUUGACUGUGAGACCCGCUACAUCGUGGAGAACUGUAACUGCCGCAUGGUCCACAUGCCAGGGGACGCCCCUUUCUGCACCCCUGAGCAGCACAAGGAGUGUGCAGAGCCUGCCCUCGGUCUACUGGCAGAAAAGGACAGCAAUUACUGUCUCUGCAGGACACCCUGCAACCUGACACGCUACAACAAAGAGCUCUCCAUGGUGAAGAUCCCCAGCAAGACGUCAGCCAAGUACUUAGAGAAGAAAUUUAACAAAUCGGAAAAAUAUAUCUCAGAGAACAUUCUUGUUCUGGACAUAUUUUUUGAGGCGCUCAAUUACGAAACAAUUGAACAGAAGAAGGCGUAUGAAGUUGCUGCCUUACUUGGUGACAUCGGUGGUCAGAUGGGACUGUUCAUUGGUGCUAGUCUCCUCACAAUACUAGAGCUCUUUGAUUAUAUUUAUGAGCUGAUCAAAGAGAAGCUAUUAGACCUGCUUGGCAAAGAAGAAGAGGAAGGGAGCCACGAUGAGAACAUGAGCACCUGUGACACAAUGCCAAACCACUCUGAAACCAUCAGCCACACUGUGAACGUGCCCCUGCAGACAGCUUUGGGCACCCUGGAGGAGAUUGCCUGCUGACACCUCUCAGGCAACGCAGCACCUCCAAACAGACCUUAAAGGCCCAAGACCUAGGACAGGAGACAGCAAGCGCAGGUGGGAUCGCCCCUGACGACUGAAAGAAGCAGAGCCCCCCAUAUGCACACAUUGCGAACUUCUGCCAAACCUCACCUGGCCACAUCUGACAUGAACCGUCCCGGGCCCUGCGUCAUGUCCCUCGCAGGACCGAUGAGUCGCACUCCGGAACUGUCCAAGAACUAACCUGCCAUCACAUCUCACUGCCAGAUGUACAAAGCACCUGCAUGCUCAGACUUCUUACAGCGCCACCUCCACUUCCGACUUGUACGUGAUAUUUUCUCCGUGCGGUUUCCAGGGCCCACUCCGCUGCCCAGGCAAUGGGACCAGGUUCCAGCCCCAAAGUCACCCUGAGCCCAGCUCCGGAAUCGAAACUGCACAGUCAAGAAGGAAACCACAGAACUCUCUACGUUUGAUCCUUGUGUUGUUUGUGACCGUUCUUAGCCUUGUCCUCCAAACUGGCCCAAGGGGCUACUGCACUAAAGGUGACCAGUACCAACCUCCUUCUUUUCCCAGCACCCGUGAAGGAGGUACAGUGGCCCGGGUGACCCCAGUAUUUGUCCAUGGAGCCACAUUGUUCUCUCCCUGUGACACAGCUGUAGAGUCUGAUUUUGUUUUGUUUUGUUUUGUUUAGGGCGGGGACUGUUUUUGUUUGUCUAUGGAAGAUUUGUUUUGUUCCGCUUUGUCUUACGGUCUUCGGUUUUGAUGUUCUAAGGUUCGAUUUGGGUUUUCCAUUUUUUUUUUUGAGUUUAUUUAUUCGUGCUUCGAACCACAGUCAUAUUAAAAGCUGGUCUUGUGGAA